ACACGUAUUAAGUAGUCGUUCGCCGUCAUCGGUGAUAUCAAUUAUUCCUAAUCAUUGCAAAGAAGUGCCAGUUGAAGAUCUCAUACAAAUCUCAUUUUGUUGCUAAAGGACUUUUAUCUCAUUUUGUUCCUAGAAAUCGAUGUUGUUAAAUUAUUUUUGGUAGUUUUUUAACAGUUGGUGCAAAUACAACGCAACUAGUAUCUAAUCUAUGAUAAAAGAAGAGAAUUUUUGACUAAAAUUUAAUUCAAUAAUUUGCCAGUUCUAAAUUCCUGAAUUUUGAAGUUUUAUCGAAGAAAUAUUUUAGCUAGUCAUUUAAAAUAACGGUUGAUUCUUGGCACAUAAGAAGAAAUAAAGAAAAAAAGCUAAAGCUAUAUACAUGUAACACAUUAUUAAAUUUAAUUUGUAUUACGUAACGUAUAUUAAAUUUAAUAAUUUAUCCUGCAACUUAUUCGAUAUAGAUAUAUAUUUCUUAUAUAUAUAUCGUAGAAUUGAAAUUUUGUUACAAUGCAUACAGCAUUAUUUGUGAUCAUCGCUUGCAUUAUGUGUGCCUCCAAAGUAUCAAUGUUAUUGCCAAAUUCAUUUGCUAAUUUAUCUACAAUGAUUGUAACAUAUGCAGAAUUAAAGGAUAUAUCUAAUCUAAAUGAACCAUUGGAUAUAAAUCAAUUGAUAAAUAUAAAAAACGAAAUGUUUAGUCCUACGAGUACUUAUAUGAUAACGUCCUUACUUUUAAAUGGCGCUAAUGAAGGAUUGACGGAGAAUGAAUUGAAAUUUUUUCUAAAAGUUCCUAAUAAAAUGUCUUUAAAUGGAUAUCUAGCUAAACUUACUAAUUUAAAUAAUAUGAAAUAUAUGAAAUAUAUGAAAUUGAAACUAAGAACUGCAGUAUUUGUUCAAAAGUCAGUUCAACUAACUGACGAUUUUGUAUCAGUAUGCGAAAAUAAAUUUAAUUGUUUGAUUUCAGAAGUAGAUUUUAGAGAUAAUUUGCAUGUUGCACAUAAAAUAAAUUUAUGGGCCCAAAUAAUAACAAAUUGGAUGACUGAUUUCGUAAUUUCAGAUAUCGACAAAGAUACAAAAAUAGUGUUAAUAAGUGUUAUUUACCUAAACAGCAGAUGGCUAUACUUUCCAGAAAAAACAGAAAAACACAAAUUUCAUGUUUCUUCAUCAGAAUUAUAUUUUGUUCCAACAAUUAAAUUUGAAAAAUUUAUUUAUGGUGAAAUAGCUCAUUGGAAUGUCACGUUCAUUGAAAUUCUAUUCUUGAAUAACAAUGUUACAAUGACUGUAUUUUUGCCAAAUGAAGACAUGGAACCUGGAAAUCUAGAAUAUCUGGAAAAAGAGUUUAACCUUGAUGAAUUUCAGUCAAUUAGAAAUACAUACAAAAACGAUUAUUUUGAUCAUGAUAUGGAAUUAUAUCUACCUAUGUUUACAAGUGAAUGUAUUCACAAUAUGAGACAAUUUUUUCGUCAUAAGAAUGUAAGUGCUAUGUUCGAGGAUAUUGCGGAUUUUACACGCCUCUCAAAAAUUCCUCUAAAAGUGAACAAUAUCAUUCAAACCAUUUCCGUAAACAUUCACGAAGAAAGUUCGCAGUUUGAAGUUUUUGCCCUCCCAGUCAGAGAGAGAGUAAGAAUACCGUUAAGAAAGCCAGGUCCACUGCAAAAGUUGAUUGUCGAUCGUCCGUUUUUUUACUUUGUCACAGUAUACGGAGAGCUAAUGUUUGCUGGAAACGUGCGAGUACCAAAUUUUGUAUUUAUGAGAGAUGAAUUAUAAAUUCUAUUAUAUACUUUAUUGAAUGUUUAUAUCAUACAAUGCAUGUAUUGCUUAAUUUCUUUUAUAAAUUAUCAUAUUAAUGUAUAUAAAAUUCUCAAGCAUUAUUAAAUAAAUAAUCUGU